AUGGAGAGCAUGUACCCGGUGGAGCCAGCACCUGAUGGUGCCAGCCCCACCUCGCUGGAUGUGCUCAGCUUCCUGGACUCCCUGGUGAACAGCACAGAGGAGCAGUGCUUCAGUGCCCGCUCCCGCAGCACCGUCCUGGAGGGGCUGCCCUUCGGCGGCGUGCCCACCGUGCUUGCUAUCAACUUCAUCCUCUGGCUGCUUCUUCUCCUGGUCUUCUCCUGCCUUCGGAAAGCAGCUUGGGACUACGGGCGCCUGGCGCUGCUGAUGGACAAUGAUAGUUUGACAUCACUUUUCUACGGAGAGCAGAGCGAGAAGGAGAAGUCCCCGUCGGAGAGCAGCCCCUUGGAUGCCGACAACAAGGACGUGGGUUUCUGCUCCUGGCUCAUUUCUAUCUACCAGAUGAAGGAUGAGGAGAUUCAGAGCAAGUGUGGAAUCGACGCCACCACCUACCUCUCCUUCCAGCGGCACCUCCUGGUCCUGCUGAUGCUGGUUUGCGUGCUCUCUGUGGCUGUCAUCCUGCCCAUCAACUUCUCCGGGGACCUCCUGGGACACAAUCCCACCCACUUCGGCCGGACAACCAUUGCCAACAUCCCAACGCAGGAUCGUCUCCUCUGGCUGCACAGCAUCUUCGCCCUCAUCUAUUUCAUCCUCACCAUCCUCUGCAUGGCUCACCACUCCGUCCACCUGGAAUACCGAGAGAAUGAGAAGGUCGCCCGGACACUGAUGGUUACCCACAUCCCCAAGGAGAUCACAGACCCUUCCCUUAUCAUCAAGCAUUUCCACGAGGCUUAUCCUAGCUGCACUGUCACCAAUGUCCAGUUCUGCUUCGACGUGCGCAAGCUGAUGAAGCUGGAUGCGGAGAGGCGCAAAGCGAUGAAGGGGCGGCUUUACUUCACCACCAAGGCGCAGAAAGAAGGGAAAAUCAUGAUCAAAACUCACCCCUGCGCUCGCAUCUUCUGCUGCCGCUUCUGUGGCUUUGAGGAGGUGGACGCCGAGCAGUACUACGGGGAGCUGGAGGAGAAGCUCACCGAUGAGUUCAAUGCUGAGCGCAACCGCAUCACGCUGAAGCGGCUUGACAUGGCCUUCGUCACCUUCCAGGAUGAGCGGAUGACGGCUGUGAUUUUGAAGGACUACAGCCACAUUGGCUGCCACAAGCACCCGCAGCAGUCCUCUGUCACCACCGUGGUCAAGUCACACCACUGGGGCGUUCGCUAUGCCCCUGCACCCAGCGAUAUCAUCUGGGAGAAUUUAUCGGUCCGUGGCACAUCCUGGUGGGUGCGAUUCAUCUUCCUUAAUAUCUGCCUCUUCGUCCUUCUCUUCUUCCUCACCACGCCAGCCAUCAUCGUCAACACUAUGGACAUGUUCAAUGUCACACACCCUGUGGAGAGCCUCAAGAACCCCAUCAUCACCCAGUUCUUCCCCACGCUGCUGCUCUGGGCCUUCUCUGUCUUCCUGCCCUUCCUCGUCUACUACUCAGCGUUCUUCGAGUCACACUGGACGAGGUCUAGUGAAAAUCAGCUCACCAUGCACAAGUGCUUCUUCUUCCUGGUGUUCAUGGUCAUCAUCCUGCCCUCGCUGGGACUGAGCAGCCUGGACCUUUUUUUCCGCUGGCUCUUCGACACCCACUUUCUAGAUGAGGCCAAUAUCAAGUUCCAGUGUGUUUUCCUUCCAGACAACGGCGCUUUCUUUGUCAACUAUGUGGUCACCUCCAGCCUGAUUGGGACGGCCAUGGAGCUGCUGCGUAUCCCGGGCCUCCUCGUCUACACGGCCCGCCUCUGCUUUGCCAAGUCGGAGCCUGAGCGGCUCCACGUCAAGCGGAGCCAAGCCUACCAAUUCCAGUUUGGACUGGAGUAUGCCUGGACCUGCUGCAUCUUCUCUGUCGUCAUGACCUACAGCAUCACCUGCCCCAUCAUUGUCCCUUUCGGGUUGCUCUACAUGCUGCUCAAGCACAUGGUUGACCGGUACAACAUUUACUACGUGUACAUCCCCACCAAGCUGAAUCAGCGCCUCCACGUCGCCGCCAUCAGCCAGGUCGUGGUGGCUCCCAUCCUCUGCAUGUUCUGGCUGCUCUUCUUCUCUGUUCUGCGCCUUGGUCCCACUCGCCCUGUCACCCUCUUCACCUUUGUGGUCCUCCUCUCCUGCAUCAUCUUCUCCUUCUUUGGCCUCUGCCUGAAGAAGCUGCAGCCACGGAAACCCUCCAGCUACCAGAUGUCUGACCAGUCCGAGGGCUCCUUCAAUGAUGUGGAGCGGAGCAGCGUUUCCUCCACCCCCAACUCCAACCUCUUUGUGGCCACCGUCCUGCAGGAGCCCGAGCUGAGCCUGACACCAGCAGCCUCCCCGGCGCACCAGUCCUAUGGCACCAUGGGCAACCACUUGGAGCCAGCAGACGACGGGGAGGACGGUGGGCUGCAGAGCUUUGAGACAGAGCUGGAGACAGUGGAGGGCGAGUACAGGAGUGGCCCCGUGAUGGAGAACCAGUCCCGCUACCAGUGA